CUGCUCGUCAAAGCGUCGAAGAGAACCAGGCAAUCGUCUCACUUCAGCAUGUCGUCGACGGGCGCUGCGGCGUCUGGUGGGGCGGACGACGCGCUCUUCCCUCCGUCCAAGGCUGUGAUCCUCAUUGGCGGACCCAACCAGCAAGGUAACCAUUUCCGCCCGCUCUCUUUGGACUUGCCCAAGCCGCUGUUCCAAUUGGCGGGCCGUGAGAUGCUCUACUUCCAUGUCGAGGCCUGUGCGCGUGUGCCCAACCUUAAGGAGAUUCUAAUGAUCGGAUCGUACGACGAGGGCCUCUUCUCUCGCUUCUUCGACUCAGUUUGGCGCCGCUUUAACGUGCAGAUCCGCUACCUACGUGAGGAGAAGGCGCUGGGCACGGCUGGCGGCAUCCGCUUCUUCCGCGACGAGAUUAUGGAUGGAGAUCCUUCCCAUCUCUUUGUGCUACACUGCGACGUGUGCUGUUCCUUCCCACUUAACGAGAUGAUGCACUUCCACUUAAAGCACAAGGGAUCUUGCACGGUGCUGGGCAAGCGUGUAUUCCACGAUGAGGCCAAGAAAUACGGCUGUCUGGUGGCAGACCCCAUAAGUAAAGAGAUUCUCCACUGGGCAGAGAAACCCGAGACCUUUGUGAGCGACAUCAUUAACUGUGGCGUUUACCUAUUCGAUGUGUCGCUCAUGGACACGAUCGUCAGUGUAGGAGACAAGCUCAGUCGACAGAGAUUGCGCAGCGAGUCCAACUCAGAAGCCAACACACAGCACGACCUCAAGAAGCUCUUCCCUGAGUUUAGCAACCUCGACAAUCUCCGACUAGAGCAAGAUGUGUUGCUGCCGCUGGCUGAUCAACACUCCCUUUAUCUGUUCGAACUUGGCGACUUCUGGUGCCAGAUCAAGACUCCGGGCAUGGCUAUCACGUGCUCAGAGCUGUACAUGCAGCGUUUCCGCUUCACAAACCCCAGCGCUCUAAGCACAACGGGAGGGAAACUGUCCCCAAUUAUUGAAGGCAACGUGGUGGUGGACUCGUCGGCCAUCGUGCAUCCCACGGCCAAGUUGGGACCGAACGUGACAAUUGCAGCAGGUGUGACCAUUGGCCCUGGAGUACGAGUUGCCCACUCGAUCAUUCUCGAGGGUGUGACCAUCAAGGAUCACGCCUGCGUGCUCUUUUCCGUCAUUGGCUGGAACUCGAUCAUCGGCCAAUGGGCUCGUGUCGAAGGGCAGCCGCCUAAUGCAUCGCAGAUCCAGGUGCAUUCAGCAGAGACCGCGCUGGUUCGCGAUGUCACAAUUUUCGGUGUGUCUGUUGUGGCCAACCCAGAGGUGAUUAUCCGCAACUGUAUCGUGCUGCCACACAAGACUCUCACACAGAGCUACCACGAUGAAAUCCUAUUGUAAAGAGCUUGUUGUUGGCUUCGCUCGUGGCUCCUAGUCAAUCGGUUAUAAACCACCAAAAUAACAUGGGAAAAUAAUCAAUAGGUGUAGUUUCACAUUUG